UGAACGGAUUUCCAAAUCACGUGAAACUGGAAUGCAAACGUGCCCUGUACAUUCUGAUUGCACAUCAUUAUCGAAGCACUUUGGGCAAAGGAUAUAUAAAAUGUAUGAUUCGGCACGGAUGACUAAGAUGGAAAAUGAAAUAUUGAGCUGCAUUGUACUUGACCAAGAUGCUUUUUAUGAUAUCAGAAUGUUGGCAGCUGACAAAAGGGAACAGGACUGGGUCACUGACUAUCUACCGGAAUUAUCAACAGCUUCCCGCGCUCAAGUUCUCUAUACUCGAGAACCUAUCGCCCGCUACGCCCCAAAACAAAAAAUAGCUGAAAAGUUGUGGAUAUCGAACAUCGUUAUGUUGGGAAGCUCCCAUGAUGGACUUUAUUUGGAGAGGACAUUCCCGUUGAUAGAAGGCAUGUGUCAAAUCAACGAAACUGACGUAGAUGUGGUGUUUGAGUUCACAGGGGUCACGGUUACAGAGAAUCGUGAAACUGGAGGCCAGCAUGGGACGAUCUUUUUGUUAGAAAACACUUUUCCCGGUUACGUCAAAAUGCGUGUGGUAACCGAACAUCCCAAAGAGCAAGAUGAGUCUGAGGAAUAUUUAUUGCCAAUGGUUUUAAGAGGAAAACUUGAUACAGCGAUAAAAAGUUCAAAAUUUGCGAUGUACUUGACCAACAAGACAGACGGCCCGGCUUUACACGGCGCUAUUGAGGACGAGCUAGGCGUACAUUCUCUGGAUUACGUCAUUGGUUUGUCCAUGCCUUCUUGGCCCUCCGUGGCAUCGGAAAUUCUGACCCGUCCUAGAGCAUCUGGCUGGCCCUCAGCUCAACUGAUCCAGAAAGCAACAAAGCAAGGCUGUGGAUUUGUUCCUGUAGGGCAUCCAUUAAGUUCUGAGGCACAUUUAGAAUGGCGGAUCUCUUUUGCAAUAAGCGAGAGAAUUCUACUUUUAAGCCUUACCAUAACCCAGAUCAAGGCCUACGUCUUCUUUAAAGCUCUUUGCAAACUGAAUUUAUGUAACGAUGAUGAUUCGUUCUUAACAUCGUACAUGUUAAAGAACGUUUUAUUUUGGACAUUGGAAAAAAUUCCUUUGGAAAUAUGGACUUCAGAAAAUUUGUUCCAAUGCAUAAAAGAGCUUGUCACCAGACUAGAGGCCUUUCUAGAUGAUAGGUGUAUACCGAACUAUUUUGUGCCCAGUAGAAAUAUGAUCCAGCACAUAGAACAAUCAAGGAUUUUAGAUCUUAGAAAUAAACUAGGCAUCAUGAAAGUUGAUAUAAUUGGGGAACUCCUACGUCACACUGAUGGGCAAAGGAUACCGUCCGUUUUAGAUUUAAGUUACUCCGGACUGUUUGCAAAACUUGCGGCGCCAGAUCCUAAGGACCGUUCCCUACUCUUGUCCAACGUUUAUUUCAUUGCAUACUUGACAUUGAGGCUCCACGCAGUUAGGUACUUAUCAAAUUUAAGCAUUUCCACUUUAAUGUACAUAAGACAACGUGGAAACUGCAGCAUUCUGAGAACUGUCCCAGCAUGCGCUGCGCGGUUCCUGAUAAAAGCUAUUAUUCAUUGUGACACAGAUGUGGCUUUGACAACCUACCCAGAGAUGAAAUCGUUCAAUUUAGACAUUCUCACCUUACGACAACGAGCUGUAGCUUUCAUAGCAACAGAAAUUUACAAAGGAAAGCUAAAAAAUGUUAUAGAUGACCAAGAGUUCGCCACCAAUGAGGCUGUAUCUGUGCUUCCCGAGUUCCAUGUGUUUGUUGAAUGGGUGGAUCUAACCUGUCGGUGGUGCGGAAGCACGCCUCUGAUUGAUGGACAGAGCAGAUGGACUGUAUAUGACAUAGACUAAGCUGUCAAGGGCACCGCAAAGCGGAGCAUCCCCUUGCAAAGACAGCAUUCAACAUCGACCGCAAUGCAAAUUACAUCACUUCUGUUUUGCACAAGGACAAACUAACCCACACACACAUUGACAGGCUCGUUUCUAUAUCCCCUUUAACUCCGUUACGAGCCUUAAUCAAUCAAUGCUUCAAAAAGUUGUUAGGAACCUAUCCUACGGGGGCAAAUGUGAACAUUUUAUACAUGUGCAUGUAUAUCAAUUAAUCCUAGCUGAAAAAAAUUAUUCUCACAAUUCAAAGAAAGCUUCUCUUUGCGAGGGCUAAAUUAGUUAAUAAUCUCUCCGGUUUGAAAAAUGAAGAUUAUACAUAUAGAAUACUAGUAGACUGUAGCUUUUUCAAAUUAUA